AGCUGUACAUCAAGGGCAAGAACUACGGUCCUCACCCAUUCGUUGUGCAGAUUCGCGACAUGGAGACGCACCAGCCGCUAGAGAACGUCUACGUGGGCGAUAUCGGACCGAAAUUUGGAUACAAGUAAGUGAGGAGUGGGAGGGUAUGUGGUAGAUGAUACUGACUGUGAGCAGCACAAUGGACAACGGAUUUCUUCUGUUCAACAAGGUCAAAAUCCCUCAUGUGAACAUGCUGGCCCGCUUCUGUCGCGUCGACCAGACAACCAGCGAAUACCAGCGCCCGGCUUCUCCUUCCCUGGUUUACGGUACCAUGACCUGGGUCCGGUCGAACAUUGUCCUCCAGGCGGGCGGAGUCCUUGCCCGGGGUGUGACCAUCGCCACCCGGUAUUGUGCCGUGCGGAGACAGUUCCAAGAUCGCGACGCGAAGAGCCACGAGGGAGAGAACCAGGUGCUGAACUACAAGAUGGUGCAGAUCCGUCUUCUGCCCUUGCUUGCGUCCAUGUAUGCCCUGCACUUCACCGGUCGGGGCAUGCAGCGACUCUACGAGCAGAACCAGACCCGCAUGAAGGCUGCCUCGGAGCCGGGCCAGGACAAGCGCGGGGCCGGACCCGAGCAGCUGCGGGCGGGAGCCGAUCUGUUGGCUGAUCUCCAUGCUACCUCGUGCGGCCUCAAGGCCCUGGCCAGUACGACGGCUGGAGAAGGUCUGGAGGUGUGCCGUCGUGCCUGUGGUGGUCACGGCUACAGCAGCUUCAGCGGCAUUGGGCCCUGGUACUCGGAUUAUCUGCCUACGCUCACGUGGGAAGGCGACAAUUACAUGCUGACGCAGCAAGUAGCCAGAUACCUUCUGAAAUCCGCCCGCGCUGUGCUUGCCGGCAAGGGAACUAGCAACGACACCUCGCAGAUCCUGCAAACCUACCUCUCGCGUCGCGACAAGGGAGCCUCGUUUGACAUUCUCGGCAAUGAUGCGGACAUUGUGGAUGCCUUUGCAUGGCGUACGGCCCACAUGACCUUCGAGGCCCUCAAGCACCGUGACGUGGAGAAGCGCUCGUGGAACAGCCUCCUGGUUGAUUUCUGGCGCCUGUCGACGGCGCACUCACAGUACCUGGCGGUCAAGAACUUCUACGAGGCUGUCAACUCGCAGGAGGUGACAUCGGCGGUGGAUGAGGCGACGACGGAGGUGCUGCAGAAGCUGUUCCGGUUGUAUGCCCUGCACACCCUGGAGCGAGAAGCGUCGGAAUUCUUCUCGUCGAGCGCGGUGACGGUGCGGCAGAUCGGGCUGGCGCGUGAGAACGCGGUGAUGAAGCUUCUGGACGAGAUCCGGCCUCACGCGGUGCGGUUGGUGGAUGCCUGGCAGAUUCCGGACUGGCAGCUGGACAGCAGUCUGGGCAAGUAUGACGGCGACGUUUAUCCUGAUUUGUUCCGCCGGGCCAGCCAGAACCCGGUCAACGAUCUGGUCUUCGAUCCUUACCCCUGGAAUGCGGCGGUGCUCAAGAACAGCCCCCCGAAGAGCAAGCUAUAGUCUUUGCUAUAGAUCUAGAUGUCUAGACUAGAGGAUAGAACGUGUAGAACGGGAUAGAAUCGGGUAGAGACUAAUCAGUAUAAUUCUUU